AUGGCGUGCGGGUCAGUGGGUCCUCAGGGCCUUCUCUCGCCUCCACUUUCUUCUGCCAGACUUAAUAAUCUGCCCUAUGUGGAAGGACCCUGGUUCUGGUCCUGUGGUCAGACCAACAUCUCCUGCAAGGUGGUGGACGGGAAGGUGGUGGAGGUGGGCAAGUGGCCGUGGCAGGUGAGCAUUCUUUUCCUGGGGAUGUACGUCUGCAGCGGCUCCCUCAUCCACCACCACUGGGUCCUCACCGCUGCACACUGCUUACAAAGAUCCAAGAACCCGGCUAACUACACUGUGAAGGUGGGGGUGCAGACCCUCCCAGACAACAGCUCCUCGGAGCUCCUGGUCACCGGCAUUGUGAUUCACGAGAACUUCAUCAAUCACAUGUCUCACGACAUCGCCAUCCUGAAGCUCAAGUAUCCCGUCACCUGGUCCCCCCUCAUCCAGCCCAUCUGUCUCCCCUCGAUCAAUUUCAAGCCAAGCAUUGGCACCAUGUGCUGGGUUAUCGGGUGGGGACUCGAAAAGGUCAAAGGGACUCCAAAGACUCCCUAUAGUGUCCAGGGCUUGGCUGUCAGGAUUGUGAACAAUGAAAUCUGCAAUCAUCGGUACCAGUUCCUCCUGCUGAAGAACCAGAAGAAGUUCAUUGGGAACGACAUGUUGUGUACAAGCUCAGAAUGGGGCCUGGACACUUGUCAGGACACCUCCGGGAGCUCCCUGGUCUGCCAGAUGAACAAGACCUGGGUCCAGAUGGGCGUGGUGAGCUGGAACUUCGGCUGUGGCCGUCGUCAGUUCCCAAGCAUCUACACCAGCACCUCCCACUUUACCCAGUGGAUCAAGAGACAGAUCGGCGACCUGAAGUUUGCCAGCAUGGCUGUCCCCUCUUUCCUGAGCCCGUUCAUCCUCACUGGCUACAUUCUGCUGGUAUCCCUGGGCUCCCUGUGGCUCUUGUGA